GGCCCGUCGCGCCUCCGUGACGUCAUUGUGAAAGCGACCCAUCCCGGUGCCACCGGCGGCUUGUCGGGCGGGUAGGGGAGGGGUGACUCAAGGUUCUGAAGCACUAUGGCUACGGCAGGACCGCCGAGAACGGGAGACGAGCCCGAGGAGGAAGAAGAGGAAGAGGAAGCCGCUGAAGAGGAGGAAGAAGAAGAUUACACCUUCUUGCCGCUGGUGCACGACAUUAUUAAAUGCAUGGACAAAGACAGUCAAGACGUUUGCCACGAGCUGAACGAACUCAAGAACAAGUUCCAGUCCAUGAGGAAGCAGAUCAAUAACAUGCCAGGGAUCGACAUGACCCCCGAACAGCAACAGCAGCACCUCCAGAGCCUGCGAGCGCAAGUGCAGACCAAGAACGAGCUCCUGCAGAAGUACAAGAGCCUGUGCAUGUUUGAGAUCCCCAAGGAUUAAUAUUGGGGGGGCAGAGACAAUGGGAGCCGACGUGGCCGGACUCAGCGGACUCUGCUGCCGGAGACAAUGGCUUCGGCUCCAGUGGAGAUCAUUCCAUUGCACACAGACCUCUUCUGUGUCUCUUGUAUUGGAUUAUAACCCUGACAGGUCAUGUGUAUGGAAAGGCCCGUGUUGUGUCUUUAAUUCCAACUCCCCAGCCCUUGAGCGGGAACAAUUCCCUGUAUUGAGGGCGUUUUUUUUUAAAAAUUGUGCGGCAAACACGUGGGCAAGUGCCUGUACAAUUUGUGUAUAGAGUUGUUGUUUUUUAUUUCAAGCUGGAAAGAUGUUAUCAUUCAGAUCAUGUGCUUUAAGCUAUUAUUAGGUAAUCCUGCCAAUCUGAUAAUUAAAGGGUGUUAAACUAUC